GAACGCCCCUCACUGGAUUGAUGGAUCCUUGCAGUGCUGUUGUUCGCGAUAUGAGCACACAGUGUAAUCCGCUGGCCACAUACAGUUACUGGUGCUCCCUCAUGUCCGUCAUCUACUCCUUCCCGCUACAAAUGCCUCGACUGACAUCCAGCAUGUUUACCAGGCGCAUUAGCCGCCAUGGGACGAUUGUCACCCAAACCCCCGGCGCUGCGGUUCUCCUGCGCUGGCUGGGAGUGGUACAGCACGACCAGCAGCUCGAGGCGCUCAUCGUCUUGGUGUACAAUGUGGCACCCGUCG